UCGUACCAUUCGCGUUAUGCGAAAUCAUUUGAGAUAUGUCAAAUAUGAUCCGGUAUAAAUGAAAGGGUCCGGUAUAAAUGAAGAAAAUGGUUCUGUCAACCAUUUAUAAUUAAGUCUGCCUAUUAAUGUAACUGCCAAGUUAGGUUGGCAUCCUGAUCUCACCAAAUGUCUAUUAAUAAUCAAAGGAUUAACUUGUCAAAAUGUAAUCCGUGCGUUCGAAUUAACUCUUAUCGCAAUAUAUUUGUCUUAUAUCGUAAUAUAUAUUAUAUCGUUUUGUCUCUUAUUGUCGUUCUGUCUCUUGUCUUAUUUUGUCUAUUAUUGUUUUGUCUCUUGUCUUAUCGUCUUAUAUCGUUUGUCUCUUAUCGCAAUAUAUUUGUCUUAUAUCGUUGUAUUGAGCCUCGUUUUAUAUCCAUCUGUCUAAUACUGUUUCACAAUAUCCGGCAGACAAUUUUACGAUUCCCGAACACCAUUAUUGCCCUGAUUUAUAAUUUUUCUCCGGGGCAUUUUUUCCAUUUUUCCGAUUUUUUUCCUGGACACUCCUCUCGUCUUGUUAUCCCGGUUCAUUUUGAUGUAACGAUACUAAAAGUCAGUAGUCUAUCCUCAACUCUUUCUUUUUCUCAGAAGAGCGCAAGAUCACCAGAACUUUACCUACCCAUAAGCUGAUUAGUAGAUCGUCAAACGAAACCCUUUAAUAGUUCCUUCGUAAACCGUCAUGGACGCUUCGUCCGAAAUUGCUAAUAUCAUCGACGGCAACCGUCAGUUGAGGUCACAAGAAUCCAGUGACUCAAAUUCAGUUGACUCGAAGAUAAUUUCUUCAGCGGUUCCCACGUUCGAAGGAAAUUUUCCAUCUUUGUCUCCUGAAGUGCCUAUGCUGUUGCAAAGGCCUCCGUAUUUCACGAACGCUACGCUUUUUCAGUCCCCGUCACGCAGCAUGCACGCCUCUAACGUUGAGCGCUUAACCCUCCUCAAAGUUAUGUCUGAUCAUCUGCCUUCACUCGAGACGCGAGACACGGACGCCAAGACGGUCCACAGGAGGGCUUCCGUCUGGAAUGAAAUUACCUUGAAAUUCAACAAGACUACGGAAGUGAAACGGACUCGACAUCAAGUCCAAACUCUAUACAAGAACAUGAAGGCGAAGGCAAAGAAGUACCAGUCACGCUUACUGGAACACACGCUGGUGGAGCGCGACGCGGUUUCGGAGGUGUUGCUUAAGAUGCUCAACGACGAAUACCAGCAGCGCACGUCUGUCAUGCAACAGGCCGCAAUUAUGGCCUUCAAAGAAGAUAGCAGCAACUUCAAAGAGUUGCCUCUUGUCGCUCGCGACCCAUCGCAGUUCCUGAAGCAAGAACUGCUCGAGGCUUCAGAAGCCGACUCCAGCGCCGUAGCGUCGCCGCGAGCGAGCGUUGCGAGUAGCGCGGGCUCCCCGCGCUGUGAGAGUGAGAGCAGCGACAGCGCCGGCAACGAGCCUCCUGCCGACGCUGAACCGAGUGACCAGGCUUCUUGCAUUCAAGGAAAUGAAGUGAAAACUGAAGCUUGUGCUGGAGCUAUAUGUGACGAUGAGAGAGACAACAGUUUCCAGGCUGAAAAUUUGUUCGACAUUAAAGAAGUGAACUCUUCUCCUCAUCCCGAACCUGACCAGCAGCAAAAAGAUCAAUGUUCUCAAUAUUUAUCUCAGACUGAGAACGUAUUAAAUGAUGGGCAUGAAAUGGAUCAAAAUUCUAAUUUGGUUAAGUCGACGAAUCCAGUUGAAAAUUUAUCAAAAAAGAGGAAAUUAGAAGAAGUUGAAAGUGAAGGUUCGCACAAUCACCUCCUGACUCACGAUAGAGAUGGCGCACUAGCUGUAGACUUGACUAGCCUCGACACGGAAAUCGGUUCUACUUCUCCCAAGCUAAGAGCAUCCUGCUCGUUCAUGUUAAAUGAGAUACUGAAAAUGAGGCGAAUCGAACAUGAACUGAAAGUUAAAGUUCUUAAAGAAGAGCUGGAUUACAUCAUAGAAAAACGGAAAGAAGAAAAGGAAAUUAGAGCGACUGAGCAUAAAUUUCGCCUUGAAGAUUUAAGCAGGCAGAGAAAAGAAGGAUAUAUUGAUAACAAUCCCGAAUGAUUCUACCAACAUUGUGUCCUGCGUUAGCAUAUGUAUUGUUGAGUGUGAACAUUUCAUGUGGUUUAGUUGUUGCUUUUUUACGAAGAGUAUUACGAGGGCGUGGUUUCAAAAAUGUCUCGUCACGCUGAGCAGCGAUGUUAAGCCAGUUUGACUUCAAGUGAUCCGAUUUUCCUCACCAGAAGACGAAAAUGAUUGAGGAGACUGAAAUUGAAGGCAGGACCACAGUUGCGCAUUUUCCCUUAUCUCUCGUGUAACAGUAGCAUCAGCAGCCCACUCAAGUGGUCAAUAAGUGUUUGGAUGGCAACAGGUUUUGGAAUUUAUUCAUUUUGGAUAAGAUGACUCAUUCUCAAAAAUA